GGAACGAUAACAAAGUAACACCAGCGGAAACUUUGAUCCCGUAACUUCCGUGAAUAGAUAAAUAGAGUCCUAAAUUACUUCAAAUGGAGCUCCAGGAAAGAGUAGCGGUUCCGAUUUUCACUGAAGUGGACCGGGACGUGUUUCUGAGCGAGGUUUAUCCCGGGCGCAGCCCGGCGGUCCUGCGGGGCGUGCAUCUGGGCCCGUGUGUGGACAGGUGGACGGUUGAAUACCUGGCAAUGAAAGGAGGUCAGAGGGAGGUGAAGAUCCACGUCUCCUCCGUACCUCAGAUGGAUUUUCUUCAUAAAAACUUCAUCUACAGGACUCUGCCGUUUGAUGAGUUUGUCAAAAAAGCAGCUGAGACCAAACACUCUGACUUCUUCCUGGCUGAGGAGGAGAGCUACUACCUCCGCUCACUGGGAGAGGACGUCCGGAAGGAACCCGCUGACCUGAGCAGACAAUUCCCGGACCUGGCUGAGGACUUUCACACGCCGCGGUUCUUUGAGCUGGACCAGUUCUUCUCCAGUGUUUUCCGGAUCAGCUCCUGCGGUCUGCAGCUGUGGACCCACUAUGACGUGAUGGACAACCUGCUGGCUCAGGUCACAGGACGGAAGAGGGUCGCCCUCUACAGGCCCCAGGAUGCAUUGCACCUCUACCUCAAUGGUGACAAAUCAGAGGUUCUGGACGUCGAUGCUCCUGAUCUGAAACGGUUUCCUGAGUUUAUAAAAGCCAAGAGAUACGACUGCGUUCUGGAGCCUGGAGAUCUGCUUUUCAUCCCUGCACUGUGGUUCCAUAACACCCUCGCUCUGCACUUUGGAGUCGGCGUUAACGUCUUCUGGCGCCACCUACCUGCAGACGCGUACGACAAGAAGGACCCGUACGGCAACAAAGACCCGGUGGCCGCUGCUCGAGCGCUGCAGACUCUGGAGAGGGCGCUGCACGCUCUGGAUGAGCUUCCGGCGGAGUACCGGGACUUCUACGGCCGGCGGAUGGUCCAACGCAUCCAGAACCGGACUUACUGCCACAAUCCAGAGUCAGAAACUACAUUACCCAGAAAUCUGUCCCACAAACCUGGAUGAGUGUAUAAAGAUCUAUGAAACAACGGAAA